GGAUAACCGGCGGGAGGGCAGCGGUUCUCCGUCCCCGAGCCGCCGCACCCCACCCACCCCCUCCCCGUCCCGGUCCAGGGUUGGGAACUGAAGGGUUUGGGCGCUCGAUUACGAGGCUCCUGGGCACCUGCAGAUGUUGUUCCCCUCCCCACAUGCCUAUCGCCACAUGUCUUUUGGAAUCAUCAUAAUAAUAAUAAAAUACUUUUUAAAAGCAUGUAGAAGAGGAUCAUAGGACGGGAAGGGACCUCGGAGGUCCUCUAAUCCAGCCCUCCUGCUCGAGCAGGAGACCUUCCAUUCCAGACAGAUAGGUUGCCCAAUCAGGGUCAGUUUGUUGUCUGCAUGCUUGAUGGCUAGUGGAAGUAUAAAAUAGAAAUCAAAAUCAGAUUUCUUGUUUUCAAUUAUCUGCCGCUGCAGUGUUUCCUUUCCAUAGCCAUAUGUUGUUGUUGUUUUGGAGGGGUGUUCUAUAGAUAAUGUCUCCUUUGAGCUGACCUAAUUACUUCUGUUUAUUUAUUUAUUUAUUUUGCAACAAAAAUGGUUUGUGAUUGCUUUUUUCUGGUGGUUGUUUUUUUUAAAAAAAAACUUUUCUAGUCUAGCUGAUGGUUGCAAGAUUUCCUUGUGGUCACCCAUCCAGAUAAUGACCGGCUGUGAUCCUGUUUUCCAUAUCAGCCAAGAUUAAGAGUACUCAGAAAGAUAACUGUAUUUUGCUUUUCAAAUGAGAUUGUGGGUUCAGAUUGAAGUAAGGUUGAAGUUCACAUCUGAGAAUUCCUGAGGACCAUAGGAUUACCAGAAUAAUUUUUAAACUCUCAUUGGUUGAGUUCAUUCAUACCCAUUAUGGAUAGACACUGCCAUUGUGGUUCGGGCAUAUACAGUCAGCCACAUAUUCAGUUCAGGUUUAUUUCAAUAAUUGUACUGAGAUUACAGGAUCUAGAUGUGGUUCCUUUCUCACUUUCUUGGAAAAACAGUUGCUGACCAGUCAGCUACCGGAAAAAAUGAAAAGUGAAAACGAAGACCACCUAUAUCUAGACUACUUCGGUCAUAAUGAAGACUGUAUCUAUCCUCUGCACACAUCUAUAUCCUUGUUUCUUUUGGCAUAUUGUGAAUGUAAGAUCUUCAGGAUAUUUUUAGUAACUUCAAAUGAAAUAACUUCUGAUCUACAACAGACAGAGGAAAUAUUGUCAAAGUACCCAGAGAUUAGCUUCAUCAAAAGAUCUGAAAUUCCUGUGAUGGUUCAAAGCUGCUGUUUACCUGCUGUUGUUGAAAAGAAUGGCAGAUUUUGUCGUGCAGGACUUGCUGUGGUAUUGAGGUAUAUUGUACAGAAAACCCAUGAGGCGGAUCCAUUAAACAAAGGUGUUUUGGAACUUUUGGGCUUUAAAAGGACCUGUUUGAAAGCUUGUGCUGAAGUUAGUGAAUGGACCAGGCUUUGUGAGGUCAGUAUUCCUCUGGCAGUUGAAAACUUUCUAAAAGUAUCUCAUAAUCUGCAUGAGAAUGUUCCCAAAGAGAUACUGCUGUUUGAAAACAAAUUGGGAGAACCUGUAAGAGUGCACAAUGAUGAUAAAAUUAGAAGACAGAAAGUUCAACAGCAAAAGAUGCUUGACAAGACAGCAAGCACUGAUAUGUCCUCAAAAGAAGAUAGGACCAUGGAAAAUAAGGAACCUGCUUCUGCAGAUUUAGAACUGAGGACAGCUUUCUCUAAACUAACUUUGCAGAAGAUGCCACUUGCUGCCAACAGGGAGCCCUCUCACAUUAGGAAAAUAAAAACAUCUGAACUUCCACCUCUGGAGCAUAUAUUUGCUGAAGGACUUUAUUUCACUUUGACAGACAUAGUUCUCUUGCCAUGCAUCCAUCAUUUUUUGGUUGCUUGCAAGAAACACCAAAACAACAUACUACAGCUGCCUUUAAUAUUGAGCUGGUACAAAAGGGUUCUAGAAGUACCUGGAAUAAAACAAGCCACUGUAAAAUGCAAUAUAAAAAAUAUCCUGGAUUGUCAAUUACACCCUUUACCAAAUGAAUGCCAGCAGAAUACUUUCACAGCUUUUAAAGAGCCAGAAAAUGUUCCAGAGGAAAUUCAAUUUAUAGGUGGACCAAGACCGACCAUAACAAAAUUAAUGGAAAAAGGAAUUGAAGCAAUGUUUUCUCCUCAUCCUUGCCCUAAAUGGGCCCUAGAUUGGGACAGUUUACCUGGCGCAGUCAACCCAGGAAAAGGAAAGAUGUCUGCUGAUCGCGCUUUGAGGAAACAACAGCAGCUGAACAAUCUAAUCGCUUUAGUGACAAAACUGGCUAAACCUGGAGAUGUAAUUGUGGAUUUUUGCAGUGGUGGGGGCCAUGUUGGAAUUGUUCUUGCUUAUAUAUUACCACUGUGCCAGAUAAUUUUGGUGGAAAAUAAGGAACAGUCACUCAUAUGUGCCGAAAAAAGAAGUGAUGAAUUAGGAUUACAUAAUAUUUGGUUCAUCCAAGCAAAUAUGGACAAUUUUAAAGGAAGUUUUAAUAUUGGGGUGGCACUGCAUGCUUGUGGAGUGGCAACAGACAUGGUCAUUGAACACUGUAUCAAAGUUGGUGCAGCAUUUGUUAUCUCUCCCUGCUGUUACGGGUUCGUACAGAAUACAUCCAAGUUUGCAUUUCCAAAAAGCCAUCAGUUCAAGAAAGUGCUGUCAUACAAGGAGCACAUGAUUCUUUGCAGAUUUGCUGAUCAGACAGCUGUCCAGCUGCCCCCUGAACGCAGGCAAAUAGGUAAACAAUGCAUGGGACUGGUGGAUCUUGAUCGAGCUUGGAGUGUGGAAAGAAGCAACUACUCAGUCCAAGUGAUAACCAUGGAACCACAGUCAUGUUCCCCAAAGAAUAAUUUGAUAACCGGUAUCCCGGUUUAGUUCAAAGGUUUUUCUAUCAAGCUGAAUUAAUAUUAGUUCUCUUGAUCGAAGUCCAAAUAACAUUUUGGAGACUGGAAAGGAAACACUGUACAUCUUGAAUCAGUUGUCUCCAAAAAAAGGAAGGAAACGCAGUAGGGGCUAUCUUGCAAAGGUUCCUAAUUCCUGCUUGAAAUAUGUGAUUAAAUGACAUCUGGCUCUCCCAAAAUGUUAAUCAGUCUACAUUAGAAGAGCAACCAAUACAUCCUUGGGAGAAUGAUUUCCUUUUCUAUGAAAAUUGGUCUUGCAUGUUGGAAAACAUUUUGUAAGGGUUCUGAGCUCCUCAGUAUUGAUCUAAAGAACAACUCACAGUAUCUUCCUUUCAAUGUUUUACGAUUAUACUUUCUAUGCUCAGUUACAAUUGUAAAUAAGAAAGUAUCACUUUUCUCAAAUAUUUUAA